GCAUCCUAAACGCUCGAACCACGUUCGUCGUUAGCAAUAAUUUUAGUGAUAAAAAAAUAUGUGAAACAAUUUUAUACAAUUUACAUGUGUAAAAUAAUAAAUUAGAUAACGUUGGCACUCGCGAAGAUGUUAAAAGUAGUUUUUGUGCAUUUUUUACUCCUCUUUCCCUACAGUAGUGCAACGCCUCCUAUCAGUUUCGAGGCUAAUCCAGACACCAAACGUCUUUAUGAUGAUUUAUUGAGUAACUACAACAGACUCAUACGCCCUGUUGUCAAUAAUACUGAGACAUUGACAGUAUGGUUAGGCUUAAAGUUGUCUCAGCUCAUUGAAGUGAAUUUGCGAAAUCAAGUUAUGACCACCAAUUUGUGGGUGAAGCAGCGUUGGUUCGAUUAUAAAUUGCGAUGGGACCCUGAGGAAUACGGUGGUGUUGAACAACUUUAUGUGCCAUCGGAACAUAUUUGGGUGCCGGAUAUAGUGUUGUACAACAAUUGGGAUGGCAACUACGAAGUAACACUCAUGACAAAGGCAACAUUAAAAUACACCGGCGAGGUCUUCUGGGAGCCGCCAGCUAUCUACAAGUCCUCCUGCGAAAUGAAUGUCGAAUAUUUUCCUUACGAUGAACAAAUUUGCUUCAUGAAAUUCGGUUCAUGGACAUACAACGGUGCACAAGUGGAUUUGAAGCAUUUGGAUCAGGUUCCUGGCAGUAAUCUAGUGCAAAUUGGAAUUGAUUUAAGUGAAUUUUAUUUAUCAGUCGAAUGGGACAUACUUGAAGUUCCUGCAACGAAGAAUGAGGAAUACUAUCCAGACACAUUGGAACCGUUUUCUGAUAUUACAUUUAAGCUCACCAUGCGUCGCAAAACACUAUUUUAUACCGUUAAUUUAAUUGUGCCGUGUGUUGCAUUGACAUUUUUAACGGUGUUGGUAUUUUAUUUGCCCAGCGAUUCCGGCGAGAAGGUUACGUUAUGUAUUUCAAUUCUUGUCUCGUUGACUGUGUUCUUCUUGCUGUUGGCUGAAAUUAUUCCGCCAACAUCAUUGGCCGUACCGCUGCUAGGCAAAUAUCUACUAUUUACAAUGAUACUGGUCUCGUUGUCCGUAUGGACAACGGUCUGUGUAUUGAAUAUACACUUUAGGUCACCGUCAACGCAUAAAAUGUCACCGCUUGUGCGUAAACUAUUUUUACACUUUAUGCCGAAAUUGAUGAUGAUGCGGCGCACGCAGUAUACGUUGCCAGACUAUGACGAUUCCACGCCCAGUAAUGGUUAUACGAAUGAAAUUGAUGUACGCAGCGAUAGUAUUAGCGAUUUUCCCAGUGAGUUCAAGGACAGCCAAGAGGGACCGUACGAUAAUGGUGUACAAAAUUCGAUUGAUUCUGACAACGUGAUACCGCGCAAUUUGACACCCGAAGUGCUGCAGGCAUUACGUGCGGUGCGUUUUAUUGCGCAGCAUAUUAAAGAUGCCGACAAGGAUAAUGAGAUCGUCGAGGACUGGAAAUUUGUGUCGAUGGUAUUAGAUCGCUUCUUUCUCUGGACAUUUACGUUGUCGUGUGUUUUCGGCACUCUCGCCAUUAUAUGCCAAUCGCCAUCGCUCUAUGAUACACGUCAACCGAUCGAUCGCCAACUCAGUGACAUACCGUUGAGGAAGAACAAUUUCAUGCUGCCACCAGAUAUCGUACGGCAAAUUGUUAAUUAAAAUGUUUUAAUGUGAAAGUACGAGUUUUUAGUAAUACGUUUUAAAAUGUUUAAGACUUAAAUAAGGAAUUAAGUGAAAAAAAUUAAAAUCAGUUGUUUAAGAUCGUGCGUAUCUAAAGCACAGGAUUACAUAUUGAGUAAUAUUGUUAUUGAAAAAAACUUAUAGUCUGACACAAACAAAUAGCAAAUACAGCGAAAGUUAGUAAAGUUAAAGAAGCUUAUGGAAAGAGAAUUGCUUGCAUCAAAUAAAACAGAUUUUUCAGAUUUAAGUUUGUACUAAAAAAACUUUGGUAAGGAAUAUAAUGACGUCAUAUUUCUAGCAAUUAAGACACACACUUAUAGUAUAAUGCUUGCAAUCCCAUAUCUCUCACAUCCAUAUAUAAUGCCAUACAUUCUUCGAGAAAUAUUAUACGUAGAAAAAAAAAUAAAUCACAAGAAAAUGAUACUUAAUGUAUAACUCCAAGAAAAAACAAUAAAAAUGAUCACAU